UUGUCAUUCCGAGCACCAGCUGGGAAGAGCGGCACAGCUUCAUGCAGCCUGCCUGAUGCUGAUGCUGCUUGCGAAGAGGCUCUGAGGAGAGACGGAGGCUGCUCGGCUCUGGGCAGCGGCAGGGGCAACCAAGCCCCGGGCUGGGCGAAAAGAAGCCUCCUCCUCUGAGUCCCCGCUUGGGCGGAGGCAACGAGAGAGCUUUGCUCCAGUGGGGAGCGGCGGUGGCGCCUGGAGCCCAGCAGAGGCAAGAGAGCUUCCUCAGGGAGAAUCAGGAUCAGAGUAAGGGAAGGCCACACAGCAACUGGGGACCGAGAUCCAGUGUAGUUCGCUUUCUUGAUUGGAUAUUCUCCUUUUUCCACUGUGGAUGUUUGAUCCAACUGCUCCAGCAAAAAAGAGAGUGCACAUGGUACUUUGGAAAGUGUAAGGAUACCAGUUGCAACCCCCCAGUGCCAUGGUUUGCACAGAUUGGCCUUCUGAGGGUGCAAGGCUGAAGCAAGAAAGCUCUGUUUGCUGGUUAGGCAGAAAUACCAUUGAGAAGAGUACUUGAGAUAAACGGGAGGAUUGUUCAUCACUAUCAUGAAGAAAAGUAGGAGUGUGAUGACUGUCACCACAGACAGUAAUGCUAAAGAUUAUUUAGAAUGUAGCCUCAGCAAGUCUUACAGUGCAUCUAGUAAUACCCUUGGCAUAGAUCUUUGGAGAGGAAGAAGAUGCUGCUCUGGUAACUUGCAGUUACCGCCAUUGUCCCAGAGACAGAGUGAGAGAGCAAGAACACCAGACAGAGAGAAUAUUUCCAGACCCACAACUUUGCCUCUACUGACCCUUCCCAGCAUUGCCAUUACCACUUACCAGGACAGUUUUGAUGUGGAAAAUGGCCCAUCACCAGGACGUAGCCCUCUGGACGCUCAGGCUGGUUCUUCUUCAGGACUUGUGCUACAUACCACUUUUCCAGGGCACAGCCAGCGACGAGAGUCAUUUCUUUAUAGAUCAGACAGUGACUAUGACCUGUCACCAAAGACCAUGUCCAGGAAUUCAUCUCUUCCAAGUGAACAACAUGGAGAUGACCUGAUUGUUACACCUUUUGCACAGGUCUUAGCAAGUUUGAGAAGUGUGAGAAAUAACUUUACGUUAUUGACAAAUCUGCAGGGAACAUCCAGCAAGCGAUCACCAGCAACAAAUCAGCCACCAGUCUCCAGGAUGAACUUACAAGAAGAAUCUUAUCAAAAAUUAGCAAUGGAAACUUUGGAGGAAUUGGACUGGUGUUUAGACCAACUUGAAACUAUUCAGACCUACAGAUCUGUUAGUGAGAUGGCAUCUAACAAGUUCAAAAGAAUGUUGAACCGGGAGCUGACACACCUUUCGGAAAUGAGCCGAUCGGGGAACCAAGUGUCUGAAUAUAUUUCAAAUACUUUCCUAGACAAGCAGAAUGAUGUGGAGAUUCCCUCUCCCACACAGAAGGACAGAGAGAAAAAGAAAAAGCAGCAGCUUAUGACACAGAUCAGUGGUGUGAAAAAGCUGAUGCAUAGUUCAAGCUUGAACAAUACUAGUAUUUCAAGAUUUGGUGUGAAAACAGAAAGGGAAGACCAUCUAGCAAAGGAACUGGAGGAUCUGAAUAAAUGGGGUCUGAACAUAUUUAAUGUUGCAAGAUACUCACACAGUAGACCUCUCACGUGCAUUAUGUAUGCCAUUUUCCAGGAGAGAGAUCUACUGAAGACAUUCAAAAUAUCAUCAGAUACCUUUAUAGCUUAUAUGAUGACUUUGGAAGACCACUACCAUUCCGACGUAGCCUAUCACAACAGUCUCCAUGCAGCUGAUGUAGCCCAGUCAACACAUGUUCUUCUUUCCACUCCAGCCCUGGAUGCUGUCUUCACUGAUCUGGAAAUUCUCGCAGCAAUUUUUGCAGCAGCAAUUCAUGAUGUGGAUCACCCUGGUGUCUCCAACCAGUUUCUUAUUAACACAAAUUCUGAACUAGCUCUAAUGUACAAUGAUGAAUCUGUGUUGGAAAAUCACCACCUUGCUGUGGGUUUUAAGCUGCUACAAGAAGAGCAUUGUGACAUCUUCCAGAACUUGACCAAAAAACAGCGUCAAACUCUCAGGAAAAUGGUGAUCGACAUGGUCCUGGCAACAGACAUGUCGAAACAUAUGUCCCUUCUGGCUGACUUAAAGACUAUGGUGGAAACUAAAAAAGUGACAAGUUCUGGAGUUCUCCUUCUAGAUAACUAUACAGACAGAAUACAGGUUCUCCGAAAUAUGGUUCAUUGUGCUGAUUUAAGUAAUCCCACAAAAUCCCUCGAACUCUAUCGGCAAUGGACAGACAGAAUCAUGGAGGAGUUUUUUCAGCAGGGAGACAAAGAACGGGAAAGAGGAAUGGAAAUCAGCCCAAUGUGUGACAAGCACACAGCAUCUGUAGAGAAGUCACAGGUUGGCUUCAUUGAUUAUAUUGUCCACCCUCUUUGGGAGACAUGGGCAGACCUUGUGCAGCCUGAUGCCCAAGACAUCCUGGAUACCCUAGAAGAUAACAGGAAUUGGUACCAAAGUAUGAUCCCUCAGAGCCCCUCCCCACCUCUUGAUGAAUGCAACAGAGACUGCCAGGGCCUGAUGGAGAAGUUCCAGUUUGAGCUUACCCUUGAAGAAGAGGAUUCUGAUGGGCCUGAAAAGGGGAGUGAUGGUAUCAGCUAUUUCAGCAGUACAAAGACACUCUGUGUGAUUGACCCAGGAAAAAGGGAUUCCCAAAGGGAAGCUAAUAUAGCAAUUGUGACAGAAGAUACAUCACCUGUUGAUACCUAAAGUACUGUAUCUGUCUGUAUAGGCAAAUUGAAAUACUUCAUGCACAUGCAGGUUGUCUUGCAGAUUAGCCUGCUAUCUAGGUCUUAGGCCAGCAUCUUGGCUAAAAGGCCUUUCCAGCUACUUGAGAUUGGAGUCAGGGUGAAAGAGCGUGUAGUGACUGCUCAGGAAAUGAACAGGUGGUUUUUAUUGCAGCUUAAGCUUUGUCAGCCAAAAAAAAAAAAUUGUGGUCUGGAGCCAUUGUGAAUUGUUACUGAACAAGCCUGAUAGUGAAUGACACACAACGGAAAUAUUUUUUGUUCUUAAGAGCUUUUGAAAUCUAGACAGGCCUGACAGCUAGAACUACUGAUUAGUAACACUGCAUUUAAAACUUGUCCACCUGUCUGCCAACCCGUGUGCCUUUUUUAUAAACACUUUCACGUCUUUUCAAGAGACAUACUAAAUACGUAACAAAACGUGUUUGAUAUUGAUGUACAAUUUUUUUAUUAUUCCUGUUUUAAAGAAAGCGGUCUUCCUUUUUAUGGGCAAUACUUGUUACUUUAUGGCAGUUUAAUCACUUUAACUAGCUAAUUAAAGCAGGGUGCCCCUCCGCGUUGCAUUGCACAACACUGGUCACUUUCUCAAUCCUGCAAAAGCUUGUGUAUCUCCUCCAUUUGCUCCCAACUGAAAACAGUAUUUUUCACUCAACUGUUCUUGACCUUUGUUGUACACAAGACAAACGACAGCUUUCUGUUUUCACAACACAAUACAGCACAUGUAAAAACCAGCAUACAGAGGUAGCAUGACGUGCAUUCUCCCUUCAUUGGUUUCUUUACUGAGUGGAAGUUGCACGCUUGGUCCUUUGUGUUGUCUUUUCUCCCAUAGUUCAUGUCCACUAGGAUUAGUGUCUCUUCUUUUCUCCUGCACUUGCCUUGAGCUCUAACACGUCCAUUACUGUUUAUAACAGUGUAUUUAUUACUUAAUGUAUAUAAUGUAAUGUUUUGUAAGUAUUAAUUUAUAUAAAUUAACAUUGCCUGUCAGUGGUGAUGUUAUUUCUGUAGAAGACUCAUAAGAGUUGCCUUUCUUGUAACCUUUUGUAUUGCAUAAAAUAGAAGAACCUGAACAUAGCUGAAAAGAGACAUAUGGAACUCAGAAAGGGCAUUCAGGUGGCAUUGGCUGAAACGAGUUUCAUUUUCACCAAGAUUUAGGAAAUCAUCCUUACUAGUGACUGAGAAAGGUUUAGAACUAUCUAUUCAGAUUAUGUGAAACUACUGAAACUUCAAAAAGGAAACCCCCAGCAAAUGCCACAAAAUGUUAAGUGUCACUUUCCGAUUUAUGAACAAACCAAUGUGAAUUUCUAUGACAAAAUGUGAACUGAUGUUAUAAUUGUGCUGUGAAACUUCUUCCAACGAAGCUUGUUAGGCAUGUAUACAGUGCCAAUCUCAGUUCGUAAAACUACGUUUCAAGCUUUCAGUCCAACUCGUGACUCACUUGUGAUGAAAAUAGCACAAUUGUGCAUGAUCAAUGGGUUUGUAUGUCUAUUGAACACUGCAUUGUUCUAGGUGGUUAUUUUAUUGUUUCAAAGUUUCAAACAAUGUAUGUUGUUAUAGUAUUAUAUAUUGUGUUCAGGUGCAUUCUUAAGAGAUUUUUAUAUGAAGUGAAUAAAUGAAAGCAUGACCUAGAA